GAGCAGCCGCAACAUUAGUCUAUCCUGUCACUGGCGACAGACAGACUAGUAGUAGACUAUUGAUCAACUGCUUGACUUUCUACACUCUCUUCCGACUGUACCCACGUUCCCUGCCUAGAGUAGUAAAGCAGCUCAUAUAUAAUACCAGUGAAGAUGAUGGAGAACUGUGCUAAUGGUAGUAGUAACUGUUUACUAGCAGUGUGUCUCCUGUUACUCAUCUCCUCUUCUCCAUCAUCAUCCAUCAGGGGUAGCCCCGGCGUAACCAGUGUUGAUUCGGUUUCAAGAGUAGAAAAAAACAGACUUCCGUCGAACUGGGAUAGUAGUAGAAGAAAUCUGCUUGCAAAUGGUCUUGCCGACACUCCUCCCAUGGGAUGGAAUAGUUGGAAUCACUUCAAUUGCAAAAUUGAUGAGAAAAUUAUCAAAGCGACUGCUGAUUUCCUGGUUUCCACCGGCCUGUCUAAACUUGGCUACACAUAUGUUAACAUUGACGAUUGUUGGGCUGAAAUGGCUCGUGAUGGCAAGGGUAAUCUAGUGCCUAAGAAAUCAACAUUUCCUUCUGGUAUUAAAGCCCUGGCAGACUAUGUUCACAGCAAAGGUCUUAAAUUAGGAAUCUACUCAGAUGCAGGGUAUUUUACUUGCAGCAAAACCAUGCCUGGCUCACUUGGUCAUGAGGAACAAGAUGCCAAGAGUUUUGCUUCAUGGGGUAUUGACUAUUUGAAAUACGAUAACUGUAACAAUGAUGGUACAAAGCCAACCGUUAGGUACCCUGUAAUGACCCGCGCUUUGAUGAAAACUGGCCACCCUAUAUUUUUCUCACUUUGUGAAUGGGGAGACAUGCAUCCUGCAACGUGGGGUGCUAAGGUAGGAAAUAGCUGGAGGACAACUAAUGAUAUUUCUGAUACAUGGGACAGUAUGGUUUCAAGAGCAGACAUGAAUGAGGUCUAUGCAGAGCUUGCAAGGCCUGGUGGUUGGAAUGAUCCUGACAUGCUUGAGGUGGGGAAUGGAGGGAUGACAAAAGAUGAGUACACAUUGCACUUCAGUAUUUGGGCCAUUUCAAAGGCUCCCCUUCUUCUUGGUUGUGAUGUGAGGAACAUGACGAAAGAGACAAUGGAUAUCAUUGCCAAUAAGGAGGUUAUUGCUGUUAAUCAAGAUCCACUUGGGGUACAAGCUAAGAAGGUUAGGAUGGAAGGUGAUCUUGAGAUCUGGGCAGGGCCUCUCGCGGGCUAUAGGGUAGCUGUUCUACUAGUCAACCGAGGCCCCUGGCGUAAUUCUAUUUCCGCCCAGUGGGAUGACAUUGGAAUUCCUCUCAACAGUAUCGUCAAAGCAAGAGAUCUCUGGGAGCACAAGACCUUGAAAACUCAUUUUGUAGGGAACCUGACAGCCACCAUGGAUUCUCAUGCAUGCAAGAUGUACAUCUUGAAGCCCAUUUCAUAGAGUGCAGCUUAGCAGCAUCUUUGGCACUGGAAUUUCUAUGGUGCAAUCGGUUUAAUUCUAUUUUUUGGGUGCACAACAGGGGACUAACCCUCAUUUCCAAAAACUAUGUUUGCUUCUCCUAAUCAAAUAGACAUGUUUGGUUUUUCAAUGAAAUAAUCAUCUUUUGUCAA